CUCCCAAUAACCAGAAAACCUCCAUCUCCCAGGUUUUUCUUUUUCUUUUUUUAUCUCCGACGUUGACCGUUGCCACGACACUUAGUUCUAGUGUCUCGUAGCUGGUCGUCGCUUUCUCUUCUUCGUCGUAUUCUUGUUACUUACUCCUUUAAUCUCCUGGGAUCGAGUCUUCGGGAGAAUCUUUUGGAGUCUCUUCUACCCGACGAUUUUUUUGUCCUCCCUCUCCUUUCAACGACCUGACAUCGCCUCGGGUCUUCUAUCUCUCCCACCGACUACUCUCCCCCGGUUUCAAAACGCGCAUUCCUCGCCAUUCCCACCGUGUCUAAUGACCUCAAUCUCUCAGAAACAAGGCCUUCAACCUCAAGGACAGAGCACCGCCAGCCAGGCCGCCUCUCCAUCCGUCGCUCCUAGCGGGAAGACCGUGCCUCCCUCUUCGUCGACGUCGACGGCCCCGAGGUCCUACGCCAGUGCCGCCACCAAGAAGUCUGCGACGGACUCGACCGCCGCCCCCGUCACUGUGGACGGCUCCGCGCAACAUGGGAAGUCGGCCUUAGUGUCUCCUGUGAACGGCAAACCCAUGCAGCAAUCCCAGUCGCCGGGCGUGACCAUUGUCAAUGGCGCCCCUGCCUCCGCUUCGACACAAGCCGAACAUAUUAGAAAACCAUCCGUGACCAUCACCUCUGCCGGUGCCUCGGGUUAUAUGCCUAAUGGCGCCGCCCCGACCAACCGUCCUAAUAGCCUCCAGUUCGGUUCCUUGAACCAGCAGUCAUCUCCCAACAUGGGAGGUCCUGCCGUUCUUACAAGCCAGCCCCAGCCUAGCCUGGGUGUGGCCUCUUCUCCCGUUAAUCCCCGAGUCACCUCGCCUCAGACGUCUCCUGCGCCUAUUCCACAACCCACUUCGAGUGGUGGCCGGCCGCCAUCGACAUAUCAGUCUCAAGGAAAUGGGCCCAGUUUCGGAAGCUUUGGCGAGAUGGGAGAAACAAAUCGACAGAUGCGCCACCAGGGACCCCUUGCACCCGGACCUCAGGCCAGCCAUCUCAGACGCGAAUCGUCCCAGUCUACUCAUAGUGAUAUGGGUAAUCAUAUCGCAAACGGCCCUGGACGCGGCGGCUAUCCCCAUCAGGGUGGUCGUGGACGUGGUUAUUCGCAAUCUGGCUACCAGGGUCAGAUGCCCUAUUCCCCAGGGCCCAACUACCGUUCUACUCCUAACCAACCCCGAGGCGGACCCAACAUGGGACAUCAGUUCCACGGCCACAAUCAAGGACGACCGCCGCUUGGGCACUUCCCAAACUCUCCUCACCAGAGCAACCGAAGCCCAGCCCUGGCCAACGCGCACCCAGUGACGCCGCAAAUGAACCAGGUCCCCAUGGCACCCAGCCAGAUCCCACCGCAGCACUAUGCUUACGGACAGCAUAUGGGACCCCAACCUGGCUAUACCCAUGCCUAUGAUCCCAGUUAUGGUUACUACAACCCCGCCUACGCCAUGCCGCAGAUACAGUAUAUGACCCCGCCGUCGCCGCAACCACGUCCCGGAAUUCCGUUCAACGGCCAGGCUCCGUACAUGCAGAACCAGUUCCCUGUGCAGCAACCACCUCCUGUUCCUCAGGCAGCCCCCCUCGCGCGAUCUCCCUCCCAGGUUUCAAAUGACCGGCCAGGCUCCAGUCUUGGACAAGGCCAGCCUCCGUCGAUCCCAGUCACUUCUGGACACGCUCAUACCGCCAGUAGGUCUUCCAACAGUCCCGCUCCGACUAAAUCUCAGUUUGUGAUCCCUCCCAAGAAGAGCCCGAUCACCAUCAGGGACCCCGGCAGUGGUGCUGUCAAGACCUUUGACAAGACUCCCGCCUCUCCUGCUCGCGCCACUCCAUCUCCGGUGAAGAUAUCUUCUCCUGCGCCCACCCCACCACCGCAAAGCGGCAGCGAAGCAGGCCAUGCUCGAACGGAGAGCAAGUCCACCAAGACUGUAGAGGAGAAAAAGAAGGCACUGCGUGAUGCAGUCCUUCAGAAGAUCGAGCAGGACGAGGCCGAGCAGCGCAAGAAGGUCGAAGAAGAUCUAGCCCGCCAGAAGAGGGAGCAGGCGGAAGAGGCCGAGCGAAAGAAGAAGGAAGAGGAAGAAUCCGCACGGAGGAAGAAGGAGGAAGAAGAAGCGGCCGAACGGAAGAAGAAGGAGGAAGAAGAGGAGGCGGCUCGUAAGAAGAAGGAGGAAGAAGAAGAGGCAGAGCGGAAGGCAAAGGAAGCCGAGGCUAAGGCUGCAGAAGCAGCUAAGCCGGCCACGGAAGAGCCCAAGAAAGCUCCCGAGCCUGCACCAGCCCCCGCAGACGAUGAAAUUGAUUACGAUGCCAUUGAACGGGAAUUGGCUGAGAUCGAAGCCAAGGAGGCGGCCGCUGAAGCCGAAUACCAGCGCAAGAAGCAAGCUGAGAAGGAAGAGAAGGAACGCAAGGAAAAGGAGGAGCGGGAAGCUUGGGAAGCCAAUAUGAAGAAUGCGGAACGAGAAGCUGAAGCAUUGGAAGAGGCCAAACUAAAGAAGCAGCAGGGAAGUGCUGAGGAUCAGGCCUCCAAGGAGCUCUUUUCCUCCCUCAAGAAGGGCGGAUUCCCGGCCACCCAGGCUGCGACACCGACCGAGAGCUAUGCUGCCAGUCCAGCUGUUUCAGACACUUCCAUGGGACCUCCAGGGAAACCGGCCAGUGCUACCAAGCGGGAUAAGCCUGCGGCUUUGAAGUUGGAAACGACCAAGUCGGUUGAGCCUCCGCAACCCAGUGCUGCUAUGAAGGCACUUCAUUCCGCUCGCUUUGUGGAAGAUUUAACUAAGAUCUCUUACCCUGCUUCGAUCGCUUCUCCUAACCCAGCCUUGAACGAAAAUGCUCCCGCGGACCGCAAGUUCCAUUACAACAAGGAAUUCUUGUUGCAAUUCCAGAACAUUUUCAAGGAGAAGCCCUCCGUGGAUUGGGAUGUCCGCGUGAGGGAGACCGUUGGUGAAGGCGACGCUUCGCGGCCGCAGUCCGCUCGUACGCCAGGUAUGGGUAGCAGGAGCGGCUCGCGUCCUGGCAUUCCCCAGACUUUCGAUAUGGGCAAAUUCGGACAGCCGUCCAGAGGAUACGGCCUGCCACCGGGGACUACAUCAGACCAGCGUUUUGCCAUGUCCGAGCAACGCCUUGCGAUGUCGAACGCAGCUCGUACUGCAUCCAUGGGCGGCAAUCCAUUCACCUUUGGUCCUCGCGGCCUAGGCAUGACCUCCCCUGCUAUGAGCCGUACAAACUCUGCGACCGCCAUUGGUGCCAUGGCUGGGCCAGGGAGAGUACCCUCUGGCAGCCGAACCGGAACCGGCAGCAGGCGGGGAAAGAAGAAGGAAGAGGACACCAACAAGUCCAUGCCCCUUACUGCUGGAAAGGAGUUGAAGGCUCUUACCGUCUCCGCAACCGGUUGGAAACCACGCAGUGUCGGUCAGACUGCGGCUGGCCCGACUCCUGGCGGCGAACGUUUGUCUCCUGAGAUAGUGCAACGUAAGGUGAAGGCCGCUCUCAAUAAGAUGACCCCUGAGAAUUUCGAUCGUAUUUCCGGUCAAAUCCUGGAGAUCGUCUCGCAAUCCAAGGAUGAGAGUGAUGGACGAACUUUGCGACAGGUUAUUCAACUCACCUUCGAGAAGGCUACGGAUGAGGCCCACUGGGCCCCAAUGUACGCCAAAUUCUGCAAACGGAUGCUUGAGAGCAUGAGCCCAGAGAUCAAGGACGAGAGCAUCCAUGACAAGAAUGGUAACGUGGUUACUGGUGGCAGUCUUUUCCGCAAGUACCUCCUCAACCGCUGUCAGGAAGAAUUCGAACGGGGAUGGAAGGUCAAUCUGCCACCCAAACCAGAGGGUAACACGGAGGAAGCCGCCAUGAUGUCCGAUGAAUAUUAUGCGGCUGCUGCCGCCAAGCGUCGUGGUCUCGGUCUUGUCAAGUUCAUUGGUGAACUGUACAAGUUGGGCAUGUUGACGGAGCGUAUUAUGCACGAAUGUGUUAAGAAGCUGGUCGACUAUGAAGGUGUUCCUGAGGAGGCGGAAGUUGAGAGCUUGACUAGUCUCCUGCGCACCAUCGGUGCCAGCUUGGACGCUUCCGAGAAGGGACACACCUUCAUGGAUGCUUACUUUGUCCGGAUCAAUAUGAUGAUGCAGACGCCAGACCUGCCAAGUCGAUUGAGGUUUAUGCUCAUGGACAUUAUCGACCUCCGCGCAGCGCGCUGGAUGUCUAAGGACGCUGAUAAAGGUCCCAAGACUAUCCAUGAGAUCAGAGAAGAGGCUGCACGUGCCCAACAAGAGGCUGAGAUGGAACGUCUGCGUCAACAGACCAACCGUGGCGGUCGGCCUGCUAUAGGUCGUGGUGAUGCACGCAACUUUUCUGGUUAUGGGAACCAAGUACCCCCACAGGAUUUCGCCUCCAGCAAGGUUGGCAGCGAUGACCUCCGUCGUCUCCGAACCACCAGGACUUCCAACCAGCCGAUGUCCUUUGGACCGUCUAGCAUGCUUGGAUCGCGCAGCAACAGUGGCCGUAGGAACCUGGGCCCUGGUGGCAACCUGGUUCGUGGCAGCGAUGAUAGUGGAGCUAGCAGCCGCACUGGAACUCCUACUGGAAAGAAGGAAGAGAAGGAAGCUACAUCCUCUAUAAAUGCAUUCAGUGCGUUGGCUAGUUUGGAAGAUAUGGCCACCUCUCCUCCAUCCAACCCCACCUCUCCUAGCCUAAUGAAGGCUGUACCCGCAGUUGAGCGCCGACUAUCGAAAACCCCGUCCAAGGAUGGUGAGAACACCGCAUAGAUAAUGGGACUGGGGAAUGUACAAAUGAAGAGAAGAAAAACCGAGGAAAUAAGCCAUUCCAUACAACUGGGAAAACAAAUGAACUAGAUUCUAUUUUAUGGAUUCCGGAAGCUUCUAUCGCCCACGCUUGCUGUUCUUUCUCUUGUUUUUCCCUAGGUAGUCGGCUUCAACCAGUCCACGGAAGAGUUCUCAUUUCGGACUGCUCGGCCAGUCGUGUGCUAUUCGAAUGGACACGGCAUGCGGGACUUCGGACCGUAUAGUGUACUAUACAUGAUUAUUCUCCUUCAAAAGCCGUGGAGGGAUCGAGGGGUUGGAAAGGGAAAAAAAAACGGGGAAGACGUCGAGAUAUCUAGAGAAUUCGGUUGGUUUUCGCAGUGUGUUAUUUCUUUUUCUUUUCCUCUCUCUUUGAUUUUGCAUUUUAUUUCAAUACCCGAAGAGCAAUGACAAUGACGGUUGUGCUUUUUUUAUGUCUCUUUUUUUCCCUCUUUUCUCCUGUUUUAUCAUGACUUGAAGAAAACAGCAGAGAAGAAAAAGCUACCUAGUCCUCUCGACUAUUGCUUUUGCUUAUUCAUGUAUGUAAUUUUUUUUGUCUAGUUUCAUUCUGAUUCUGUUUCAUGGAAGAUGAUGCUGUGCUGUUUCUUCGGAAGCCAUUAUUCUCUGCUCUUUUUUUUUUAAUGCCAUUGAAUGGAAUGGAAAGGCAUUUGCAUCUUGUCCUCGUCUGGUGUUUGUUGAUUUUGAUGUUUAUGUUUUAUGUUCAUGCCUACCUACCUAUGUUUGCGUUGCUUUGUUUGUCAUUUCUGUAUUUUUCUCUUGCUUGCUAUGGAUCACUUAGACCAAAAAUUGCGC